AUGGAGCACAUCAAGAAGAAGAUGCAGGCGAUGAAGUUGGACAAGGAGAAUGCCUUAGACGAGGCCGACCAACUGGAAGCCAAGUUGCGCGAGAAGGAGUUAGAGAUGCAAACUAAGGACGAGGAGAUGGCUGAGAUCGCGAAAAGAAUACAACAACUGGAAACUGAUAAGGAGACUGCUCAGACUCAACUAACUGAAACCAAUCAGAAAUUGGAUGAGACAGAGAAGCGCGCAACAGAGGCCGAGACAGAAGUAUCUGCCCUUCAGAAGAGAAUCCGACAGCUCGAGGAUGAGCUGGAAUCUACAGAAACACGGCUUACGGAAGCUACCGCUAAGCUCGAGGAGGCUAGCAAGGCAGCUGAUGAAAGCGAUCGAUCUCGAAGAACGUUGGAAAAUCGACAAACUUUGGAGGAUGAUCGUAUUGUUCGGCUGACAGACUUGGUUCGCAACACAACCUGUGCGGCCAACGAAGCAAAAGACAAAUACGAAGAGGCUGCGCGUAAAUUGACCAUCACAGAAGUGGAACUCGAGCGCGCCGAAUCGCGUCUGGAGGCUGCUGAAAGGUACCAGGCCGCACAGCGUGCCACUUUUUCGCCGCCCUGCUCCGUUGUCGUUGUUGUUGUUGAUGAUGUUGCCGCUGCUGCUGUUGCUGUCUCUGUUGGUUUGUCUGUGUCCGUCCGGAUCGUCUCCAUGCGCGCUUUUCACGUUUACCACCGGCCUGAUAUGUUCUGUCAAUGGGCUUCAUCUGUCUGUCUUCUGUUUCAUUUUUUGUGUCACGCGGACUUCUCCGCCUUUACCACUGACCCACACCUGAUCGCACCAUUGUUCGAUCCUGUUCGCAUGCUCGUAUACUAUUCUAACAUUGGACCGAAACGCCUUUUGCGUGGACUGUCUGUCCGGUCAACAUCCGAUACCGUCCCCUGUCGUGUCUCUUACUGCAUCAUGUUCAACUGCCGCUGGCAUGCCUGCCUGUUUGUUCAAACCGGCAUCAUUCGCAUGGACAGUCGAAUGCGUGAACUCCAGUCCAUCAUCCACGAUGCGACAGGGCGUUUAAAGUCUCUGGAGCAUCAAGAAUUCCAGGCUCCAGUUCACAUCCUGUUGACCGCAAUCCGUACUCAUCUUACUUUGUUGAUUAGCAAAAUCACCGAACUAGAGGAGGAACUGCGCAUUGUGGGCAAUAACGUCAAGUCCUUGGAAAUUUCCGAACAGGAGGCUGCUCAACGAGAAGAAGCCUAUGAAGAGAAUAUCCGCGACCUAACUGAGCGCCUCAAAGCCGCUGAGGAUCGUGCUCAGGAAUCCGAACGUUUAGUAAACACUCUCCAAGCCGACGCCGAUCGUCUCGAAGGUAAUGUGGACACUCCGGAACUCAGAGUUUCUCUAGUCCUGGCUGAAUCUCGUGCUAAACAAGCUUGUCAACUGGAAGCGGCCCGACAAACCGAUCUUUGCAAAUUGGAAGAGGCCCUUGACGCUGAGCGUCUGAACCAUAUCAAUUUACGCAAAGAAAUGGAGAAUAUGAUGAAUGAGAGCAUCGUUGUCCCAAUCAUUUCUAUUUCAGACGAAUUGGUCGCCGAGAAGGAGAAAUACAAGGCUCUCAGCGAAGAACUGGAUUCGACCUACGCCGAACUCACAGGCAACUAG